AUGACCAUACUUGGUAUCUCCGAGGCCUGCGAGGAUUGUGGCUCGGAUAAACUUGGUAUCUCCGAGGCUUGCGAGGAUUACGGCUCGAGUAGAUUUGGUGUCUCCGAGGCCUUGGAGGAUGGAAUUGACGGUAUUAAUGGAAUUGACGGAUCAGGAAUGGGGGUACACUUAGGUGGAGAGAAUUUCGGUUUUGAGAUGUUCUUCAACUAA